AGGAAGAAAAGACAAAUGAUAUCAGAAAAUAUUUACUAAAUAUAAAGGCGUGGUCAGAGGAAAUAAGAGAUUUAGAAGGUUUCUUACUCCUUUGCAAUUGAAAGACAGAUCCUGGAAUAUUUUUUAACGGGAAAAUCCUAUAUCCUGCUGACAGAGAAUCCAGGUUUGAGUUCUUCUAUCUCCUCGUUGGAAAAGCACAGUAGGGGUUUUCUAUUUACUUCAAUGUCAGUUUGGUGCUAAUGGGUGUGAGUAAAUUGGAUGUCUUAUACAGAAAGCUUCUUCUCACUAAACUCUUCAUCAGAGGAUGGGGAAAGCCAGAAGAUCUGAAAAGAAUAUUUGAAUUCAGAAAGAUUAUUGGAAACAGGGAAAAAUGCCAGAAGCUGGUUUCGAAAGAUUACCCAGUAUUCAUUGACAAGGUUGAGGAGCAGUCAGACUGUAAAAUCCUUGAGGGUCACUUCAUUUCCCCUUUGGCUCACUAUGUUCCAGGUGUCCUGCCAGUCGAAUCUCUUAUAGCAAGAUUUCAGUUUGUUAUGCCCAGAAGAUGGAACAGCAAACACAGACCUGUGUGCAUUCAUUUAGCAGGCACUGGAGAUCAUCACUUCUGGAGGAGACGCACAUUAAUGGCCCGCCCAAUGAUUAAAGAAGCCUGUAUGGCUUCCCUACUGCUAGAAAAUCCUUAUUAUGGCUGUAGGAAACCUAAGGAUCAAUUGCGGUCGUGUUUAAAAAAUGUCUCGGACCUGUUUGUGAUGGGAGGAGCUCUUGUUCUAGAAUCGGCAGCUCUUUUGCACUGGCUAGAAAGAGAAGGCUAUGGACCACUAGGGAUGACUGGAAUAUCCAUGGGAGGACAUAUGGCUUCACUGGCAGUGACAAAUUGGCCUAAACCAUUGCCUUUGAUUCCAUGUCUUUCCUGGUCAACAGCCUCUGCUGUCUUCACCACGGGUGUGUUGAGCAAGGCAGUGAACUGGAGAGAGCUGGAAAAACAGUAUUUUACACAGACUGUUUAUGAAGAAGAAAUCAUUCAAAUGCUUGAAUAUUGUGGAACAGAUUCCUUCAAGAUGGGACAAGAUUUUGUUAAAAACUUCCCUGACACUGUAGGGAGUCUAGAGGACAUAGACCUGACUUCUGAAAUGUUCACCUUUGAUUCCUCGAGCAAAGCUGUAUCUAAUGAAGCUGGUCACUGCUUCACCACGAAUAAAAGUACUCUAAGUGCCUCAUCAGAAAGACUCUUAAUACAAGAUGCUCCUAAAAUGCAAUGCAUAAAUCAAACAUUUUCAACCAGUAGCAAGAGCAAUAAAAACUUAACCAGUCAGCAAGGACACAAGAUAAAUGAAAGAAGAAAGAGUGACACUUUACAGAGAGAAUCGCUACGCUUUAUGAAAGGAGUUAUGGAUGAAUGUACCCACGUAGCCAACUUUUCAGUUCCAGUUGACCCCAGUUUAAUCAUAGUUGUGCAAGCCAAGGAGGAUGCAUAUAUUCCUCGAACUGGGGUGCGCAGUCUUCAAGAAAUCUGGCCUGGAUGUGAAAUCAGGUAUUUGGAUGGAGGUCAUGUCAGUGCCUAUCUGUUCAAACAAGGACUCUUUAGGAAAGCUAUUUAUGAUGCGUUUGACCGUUUUCUUCAGAAAUAUGCUGUUUAACAAUCUUUAUAAUGUAUUCAAACUGAUCUCACUUUUACUUCCUUGUGUCRGUAUUUCGUGUUUGGAAAACAAGGCUCUUGCAAAGUUAAAUGGAUGGUCACUGACUUUGAAUGUUGUACCUAACAAAUAUCAAAAAUGGUAAAGUACCAAUAUUAGUUUCAUUUAAAUUAAAUGAUGUUCUGACAUGCUAGCUUCAGCUUUACCUGUAUGUGAGGUGAUGGGGGGCAAGGAGGAGAAGGCAUCAUUUGUUAGUGCAUGAAUGAUUCGUGUACUUCAUAUUUAAUAAUGUUAUAUAUUAUUUCAAUUCUGAAUUUUGUAUCAUUUGAAAAUGGACAAAUUUARAUGCGAUAGAAUGUAAAAUUUGCUAUAGGGCUCCAAAGCUGACUUGUGUUUAGUGUGUGUCUAGUUCGUUGCAAGUACCAUGCUUUGUUCUUGCUUCCUUGCCAGGCUGCUGUUGUGUUUUAAAAUGGCUUUUCCAGCAGUCAACUCUUGUGGUUGUUGCUGAUUUUUCUCUAUCAUGACUCAAAAGUGAAAUUUCAUGGAGCGGGCAGAAUCAAACUUGCAAAAUGAACCUUUGAAAAUAGAAAAAAGGGUGGAAGAGACACUUGCACCUAAUGCAUCUAAAAGAUUUUUUUCUGUCUUUUCAAGUGUGUCAUUCAAACAGAAUCAUGUAGCUAUUCACUGAUUGGUUGCAAGGAACUGGUAUCCAGUAAGCCAUUUUUUAGGUAUCAUCAGUUGGAUAACAUGAACAUUUUAUACUAGAAUCUUUUUUUAGAUUGCWAAAGGGAAUUUAAAAAAAAAAAUCAUCUUUUUUUUCAGAAACAACAGCACAAAGUCUGAUUCUAAGCAGUUAAAUCAACAGCAGAAUAUAUGGUGCUAUAAGAGCUGUUUGAAAUAUUUUAGCAGUCCCUUCUAAAGUGCACUCAGCACUGAUGUGCAACAUAUAGUUGUACUGUAUGAUACCAAAAAUACAUGAAACUAAGGGUUGUCAAAAUGGUUGAAAGCUUGCUCGUUUGUCUCUUUUUUAAAAUUGGAUGGAAGGGAAAAGUUCCAGAUUUUGAACUCAUUUAAGAAAAUGCCAAGUGUGUAACUUAGUCAUUUGGGCUCAAAAAUACCAAGAAAUUAUUGAUGUAUAUGAUAGUUGUCCGUAGGUCUGUGUCUGCUUCCUAGUUUGAUAAUCUCCUGUAACAUUUUUUUAAGGCAGAGAAGUUGAAAGCUGGAACACUUUGAAUAUGAAUAUUAACUCUGGUACAGUGAUGAUUAGUGUUAAACAGAAUCAGCAAAAUACAGCAAUUUGUAAGUACAGGAUAGUACACUAGCACACUAGUGUGCCUUCCAAACCAAGCACUUCAUUAAUCUCCAUGCAUAUUACAAAUAUUAGUAAUAUGCAGAAUAAGGAUCAAAUGAAGCUCAGUUGAUAUCGACAGUUAAUAUCGCUAAAAUUUUAGCCUGCAUACAGAAUUAAUAUUUGCAGAUGAAUCAUGGUUCCCUUGUAAGUCAGAUAAGUCCAGGCAACUUGUGCCACUACAGAUUAUUUCACUUUUAUUUGACAUUUAUUUUUUGAAAAUAAAGAGGAAAUUAUACUACACAGAAGGCAAAUUACUUGUUUUGAGUGUUUUCUCCAUCAUUUCUUAGGGCAGUAAUAGUUAUAUAUUGAGAGCAUKAUUAUUAAAAACGAUGUGGGAAGUGUUUGAAAUCAAAUACUUGUGAGCUAACAACUUCUUUAAAGAAAGAAUUGUUUACUCUACUAAAACUCUUAAAACUUUUACCUUGUUACCACCUCAUCAUUAAGGAUGUGGUUCAAGAUAUUGUCUCUGUUGACAGAUUUUUUUAAAAUCUGUGUGGAUGGACACAUUUUAAAUGUAUUUCUGUAUACAGUACUAGGAAUUACAGAACUGAUAAAACUGCAGAACUUGACAUCCUGAAGCUAGUGUUCUGAGAGGUUUAUUAAAAGGUUUAACUUGCCAAAAGCAUCUGCUAUUUUUGUGUAUAUAUGUGAAUAUACCUCCUGUUUGUGAGGAGGUCUUUGGGGAUACGUAGUAAAAGACUGUCUUCUAAAAAGAAUGAGAAAUCACACUUCAUUAUGCAACUGAAAUAAUAUUGUCAAGUACAAGAAUUCACUAGGAAGCAUUUCAUACAUUUC